CUUCAUUGUCUCUAUUUCAUACUGUCAAAAUGGUUUCCUUCAAUGUCUUCCGUGGCUCCAGUGAAGGCCGCAUCGUGACCGACCGGAUCAGCCGCUCGCUGGGCCCCAACGAGGCGUACGUGGAAACGACGCAUUCCGGCCUCUGUGGCACAGAUGAGCAUUUCCUCAAGGCUGGACUCGUGCUCGGCCAUGAGGGAGUCGGUAUCGUGCGUGAGGUUGGCUCGAACGUCUCUUCGGUGCGGGUGGGAGACCGCGUUGGGUUUGGAUAUACUCAUUCCGUGUGUGGCGACUGCACAAAAUGUUUAACCGGUUGGGAUCAAUAUUGCCCCGAGAAGAAAGAGUAUGGAACCAACGACCAUGACAACGGAUCGUUCAGCGAGGGCGCCAUCUGGGAUGCCAAGUGUCUGGUCCCCAUCCCCGCCGGGUACGACUCUGUGAAUGCCGCGCCGAUGAUGUGCGCCGGCGCGACGGUAUGGACGAUCCUGAGUGAGUACGGGGUGCGCGCAACGGACCGGGUGGGAGUCAUGGGCGUCGGCGGGCUGGGCCACCUGGCGAUCAAGCUGGCGGCCGCCAAGGGCUGCCACGUCGUGGUGUUUUCCAGCUCCGAGGCCAAACGCGAGGAAGCCAUGGGCUUUGGCGCAGCCGAAUAUCACGUCUUCAAGGCCGGGGAGAAGAUUGAAGGCCUCCAGCCGGUCAACCAUCUCAUUCUCUGCGGCAGUGGCGGCGUCGAUUAUACUGGGCUCCUCCCCUUGCUGGAUACAAUGGGCUCGGUCUACCCUCUUACCGUCGAUCUCAAGCCCACGUCGAUCCCGUUGCUCGCAUACACCGUCCGGGGCAUCCGCAUCCAGGGCUCGCUUGUUGCUUCGCGCCAGACCCUGCGCUCACUGAUGCAGUUUGUCGCCAAGCACAAUAUCACCCCGACGGUGAUGACUUUCUCGCUCGACGAAGGGGGCAUCGAGGAGGCCAUGAAGACGUUGCGUGAGGGCAAGAUGCGCUACCGGGGGGUGUUGGUCAAGCAGAAUUAAUAACGACAUAACAGUAUGGAUAUAGGGUUAGAGUAUAGGGUUGGAGUAUAGAUUCAGAGGGUAUAGAGUAUAGAAUAUGUACAAUAGAUUAUCAAUAGACGAUUAUACUUAUGGUCACCCUAAUUCUGCCUUCAAAAGGAUCACCCUGGCUAGGUGCUGUGCCUGAUUUCUUGACCCAAUCAAGCACCCUGUAUACUAGUUACCCAGGUACCUCGAGACUUGGGUACCUAUACUUGGCUGCCUUGCCCAGGAAGCUAUACUUAGAACCUCAUCGA